GUUUUGAACAUAGUAUUACUAAAUAAUUCAAAUAAUUUAUUACAUGCCCUACUACAUGAAUUAAUAUAUUGCGACAGUAACUAUGAAUUUGAACAGAAAAAUGUUUAACUCUCUUUCAAAAUUUAACCUCCCAAAUCAAUGUCCAAAUUGGCUUAGAUUGCAGCGAUAUGCUACGCAUAAACGAUUCUACCGGCGGACUGACAUUGUGCAAAAUGAAAAGAAAUGGGAGGUUACCUUAGAUCAUCGUCGACUGAAGACUCCGAACGGUAGUGUACUAACGGUCAACACAGAGCCAUUAGCGCGGGCAAUAGCUGCUGAAUGGGACGCCCAAAGUGAAUAUAUAACACAGCCUACAAUGCAUUUGACAGCAUUAUGUAAUACAGCAAUAGACAAUCCAGGAAAAAUCAACUUGCAUGACAUAGCAAGCUACUUACUUGAUUUCAUAGCAACAGACACCUUGCUAUUUUAUUCUGAGGAAGAAGAGUUAAGAGCACUUCAAGAGAAAAAAUGGGAUCCUGUGUUGGAAUGGUUUUGUAAGAGGUUUGGAGUUGAACAGGAAGUGUCUAACAAUUUGGAGCCCCCACCAAUCACUACAGAGACCAGAGCAGUUUUGGCAAGGCAUUUCUUGUCCUUUGAUUUCCCUGCUUUAAAUGCUAUGUGCUUUGGUGCGGAAGCCCUAAAGUCUCCCAUACUUAUGUUGGCCUGUGUGGACAGAUACUUGGAAGCAAAGGAUGCUGUCCUGUUGGCUAGAUUAGAGGAGGAGUACCAAUUGGCGCACUGGGGGCGGGUCCCGUGGGCGCACGAGCUCAACCAGGCAGAGCUGUCGGCACGAGUGGCUGCUGCCCUCCUGGUCAUACAUAGCUCAACCGAAAGGCAUUCGGCUUCGGCAAAAAAAACAUCGGAAAAAAGCGUUUAAAUGCUUAUUGCACAACCUGGCUUGUGUCUAGCUGUGGGACAUUGAUAAAGCAUUAAUAACUCGAGUGAUAUGCACUUUAUGGAAUACUUCAACUUAUUCGGUAAAUGUAAUUUGUCGCAGACUAAGAUCGUAGGUAUGUUUAGAAAGUCAUUGGUUGCAGUUUUUAGCUUGUUUACAAUAUUUAAAAUGACCUAAGUUGUUUGUGUAGGUACAUAGAUAUCUAAUUAAAAUGAAUUACCACUGAGAUUUGCUUACGUGCAUUAAGUUUAGUUAUGUCGAACAAUAUUGACACAGGAAAUUGUGUCCGAUUUUGUACAUAGAAAUAAAUGUUAUAUUGUUUUAAA